CUCUCUCUCCCUCUAUAACAAUAUAUAUUAAUAUAUUAACCCUAACCAACAAAAUAAAAUCACCUCCUCUUUAUUUCAAUCACUUUCUCUCUCUUUUGAUUCCGUGAUCAACAAUUCUCUCAUCGAUCCUAAAUAAUUUUUUUUCCAUUAGAAAGAAGGUAUCCAUGGCCAAGAGUUCCUUCAAGCUCGAGCACCCCCUCGAAAGGAGGCAGGCAGAAGCUGCUCGUAUUAGGGAGAAGUAUCCUGAUAGAAUUCCUGUGAUUGUUGAGAAAGCAGACAGGAGCGACAUCCCGGAAAUUGAUAAGAAGAAGUAUCUUGUUCCAGCUGAUUUAACUGUUGGCCAGUUUGUCUAUGUUGUUCGGAAGAGGAUCAAGCUAAGUGCUGAAAAGGCUAUUUUCAUUUUUGUUAAGAACACUUUGCCACCAACAGCUGCAAUGAUGUCUGCAAUUUAUGAAGAAAACAAGGAUGAAGAUGGCUUCCUUUACAUGACUUACAGCGGAGAGAACACAUUUGGGUCAUUCUAAGCCAAUGGUCACUACUCUCCCUGUGAAUAGAAACUUGGGAGAAAUUUUAUGUAUAUUCUUCAGUCUCAGGUUUCACAGUCUUCAAGACUGCAAAUGUGAAACCGGUAGGUUUCUAGAUUUAAGUUGAAUUUAAUUACUUAAGAACAUAUUAAUACUGCUAUUUUCUUUUUUAAUACUGCCGUUGUGCUGUGGUGUUCUAGCGAACCAUUGAUUCUUUUAAGUUUAUGCUGUGUGUUCUUCAAUCUCAUGCUUCUGUUUUUUGGGUUUCAGUCUUUUCAAGACUGCAAAUGUGAAACCAGUAGGUCUUUGGGUUGAAGUUGAAUUUAAAUAUUGAAGUACAUAUUAGUACUGCUA